AUGGAUCAUCAACCCCUCCUUUACGACACCCACGUAAAGCUCUUAGCUUUCGACCUCCUCACUCUCACCCAAAUCGACCCCACCUCCUCCCGCAACGGCGUCCUCCUCUCACGCGCCGAGACCGUCGGCACCGUCACCUCUCGCGACCUCAAACCCGGCAAGUUCCUCCGCUUCACCAUCGACGACGGCACCGCCGUCCUCAGCUGCAUUCUCUGGCUCAACCAACUCACCUCCCCUUACUUCUCCCGACGCAGCCCACCAGAUGUUCGACUCAUUGCCUCAACCGCCGCCCGUUUCGCCGCUGACGUCGCCCUCGGCGCCGUGGCCAGAGUGCGGGGGGAAAUCUCCAGCUUCAGGGGUGAGAUGCAGAUCACUGUCACGGAUGUCGUCAUCGAGAGGGACCCCAAUGCCAAGAUGCUGCAUUGGGUUGAGUGCAUGAGGUUGGCUCGGAAGGUCUACAAUGCCAUCCCUACUGCUCCUUCAUUCAGAUAGUAGUCUUUAGUUAGUUUA